UCUGACGCAAGUGGUAUGUAUUGAUGAAAAAGCCGGCUCCUUAAACACGAAAUAACACCGCACUUCGUUUAUAACGAUCUGUAAUUGUGAUUGUGAUAUCGUGCCUAGCAGUACAUUAACAGUACGAUAAGUAAAAAGAGUGAAUAUGGCAGACUGUCAGGGAGACCCAACUUGCAAUUUGACCCCAAUGGAACUUUAUGGGAUGUUGAACCUCCAAGGAGACCGAGUCCGAGCCCUAAAGGUAGAGAAGGCUGAUAAAGCCGAGAUUGAUGCUGCUGUCCAGCUGCUGCUGAAGCUGAAGGCUUAUUACAAAAAAAGGACAGGGCAAGAAUACAACGUUGCAAUUCCCCCCACUGGCGACGUUGCAGAAAGCAAUAAUGGGCCAGCUGUAGAAAACGGAGAUGACCAGGUGGACCCCUGGAACGUGUCCACCAGCAACGCUAAAGGAGUGGAUUAUGACAAGCUCAUAGUAAGGUUCGGAAGCAGUAAGAUUGAGCAGGAACUGAUCGACAGAAUAGGCAGGAUCACAGAGCAAACACCACACCGCUUCCUCCGCAGAGGAGUCUUCUUCUCUCACAGAGACAUGCAUCAGGUCCUGGAUGCCUACGAGAACAAGAAGUCGUUCUUUCUUUACACAGGCAGAGGGCCUUCAUCAGAAGCGAUGCAUGUGGGCCACCUUAUUCCCUUCAUCUUCACUAAGUGGCUUCAGGACGUCUUUAACGUACCUUUGGUGGUCCAGCUGACCGACGAUGAGAAGUAUCUGUGGAAGGACCUGACGCAAGAGCAGUGCUACCGCUUUGCCGUAGAGAACGCCAAGGACAUCAUCGCCUGCGGAUUCGACGUCAACAAGACCUUCAUUUUCUCCGAUCUAGACUACAUGGGCAUGAGUCCAUCAUUCUACAGAAACGUGGUGAAAAUACAGAAGCAUGUAACAUUUAACCAAGUUAAAGGCAUAUUUGGAUUCACAGACAGCGACUGCAUUGGGAAGAUCAGUUUUCCUGCGAUACAGGCAGCUCCUUCCUUCAGCAGCUCCUUCCCACAGAUCUUCAGCGGCAGGACGGAUUUGCAGUGUCUCAUCCCCUGUGCUAUUGACCAGGACCCGUACUUCCGCAUGACACGAGACGUCGCUCCUCGAAUAGGCUUCCCCAAGCCUGCCCUUCUGCACUCCACCUUUUUUCCUGCAUUACAAGGAGCUCAGACCAAGAUGAGCGCCAGCGACCCGAACUCCUCCAUCUUCCUUACAGACACUCCCAAACAGAUUAAAACAAAGAUCAACAAGCAUGCAUUCUCGGGAGGGAAAGACACAAUAGAGGAGCACAGGAAAUAUGGAGGAAAUCCAGAUGUUGACGUGUCAUUCAUGUACCUGACUUUCUUCCUUGAGGAUGACGAACAGCUGGAGAAAAUCCGACAGGAUUAUACAAGUGGAGCACUCCUGACUGGCGAGCUUAAGAAACGUCUAAUCGAAACGCUCCAACCAAUGAUCGCAGCUCACCAGGAGAGGCGCAAACAAAUAACGGACGACGUAGUCAAGCAGUUCAUGACUCCACGAAAGCUAGACUUCAAUUUCUAGCCGAAGGAUUAAGAGAGGAACUGAAGGAGGCAGAACUGUCAGCUGUCCUGAUAGAAAUGACGCUGGAGCUCAUUUUACAGCAUUGCAAUAUCCACAACACACCAGAUCAAAGCACUAAUCAAGGCAACAAUGACAACGAUAUGAUGAAUAAAAAAAUAGCCACUAUAAAAAAAGCUUAUAUUCAGCUAGAAGAACAGCCACACUCGUCCGACAUUUAAUCAUCGGUAUUCAAAUUUAAUCCGUUUUAUUUCAUUACACUAUGUACACUGAUUCAGUAAAGAUAUCCAGGUCUUAAUUUGGGAAGAUUCAAGAGGCAUCGUUUCGUAGGUCUACAUUUUGAUCGAAGACUCAAUUUAAGUCAAUCAAUUAAAAAUCUUAUAUAGUAAGAAGAAAGAAGUUGCCUUUGCUCCAUGCGCUCAGAAUUUCCAUGUUGUCCUCAUGCUUCUGGGGUUUUCUCAAGGAACUCCAGGAUUUCCUCCCCAGUCCAGAGAUGUGCAAUGUAGGCACACUUGAUCACACAAAACCAGACUAACCCACAAAAUCAAACAUUUAUAUAUUAAUUUAAAAAUAAAAUAAGCAUUCAAGGAAA